AUGGCGAGCACUAUACUGCUUCUCCUGAUCGUGCCGCAUUUGCUGGGGGCGGCGGCGGCGACAGCUCAGCGCGUGGCGCUGCCGGCCUGCCGGGACAGGUGCGGCAACAUCACCAUCCCCUACCCCUUCGGCAUCGGCGCCGGCUGCUACCGCGACGAGGGCUUCCAGCUCGAGUGCAACAUCUCUGGCCCCGGCAGCUCCCAGUCGCGCCUCACCAUGUUCGGUUACAACCACCGCCUCGGUGCUGUCUCCCUCGCAUCCGAUGAGGCCAGCGCCUACCUCAACGCGACGAGGGAGUGCUACAACUCUACUGGCGGGCUCCUUGACCGGAAAGACACGUACAUGUCCCUCGGCGCCAGCCCUUACCUCUUCUCCGACGCCAAGAACCGCCUCUCCUCUAAUAUAUUGUUGGAUGCAUAUUACACCGCUAAAGUUUCGGAUUUUGGUGCGUCGAGAACAGCUCCAAUUCACCAAACUCAUGUGACUACAAAUGUACAAGGAACAUUUGGAUACUUGGAUCCAAAAUAUUAUCAAACCGGUAAACUAAACGAGAAAAGUGAUGUGUAUAGUUUUGGUGUGUUACUCCUAGAGUUGCUCACAAGAAAAGAGCCAGUUUUCCGAAGCAAUGCAGGUGGAGAGUGUUAUCAAAACUUGUCCAUCUACUUCAUUUCAGAGAUCAAAGUGAGGCCAGUAAGAGAGGUGGUGGCUACUCAAGUUCUUGAAGAAGCAACUGAAGAUGAAAUUAAUACCAUUGCCUCUCUUGUGGAGAUGUGUUUGCGUCUCCGGGGAGAAGAAAGGCCUACCAUGAAGCAAGUGGAGAGUACAUUACAAUAUUUGCGAACAAAAAGGUUGACCUCAUGUCAAAUUGGUGAAGGAAGCGACGAAGAGAUCCAACCAUUAGUCACUAACUGUCAACCACCAACUGUCCCUAGUUAUCAACCUUUGGCCAUUCAAAUGGCCGACAAAGGCCAUUCCCAAUCCUCUACUACUUUCUUCAGUCUGGAGUGACAGUUCAUGUCAUAUGCUGAUCUGGUUCUCAAAUAUUUCUGGAAUUCCGAGUUAUAACUUUGUAGUGGAGAUGCUGAACAGUACUGCAGUGAAGAGUUUAAGAGUUAUUCUAUGUUUUUCCUUUAGAAUUACAGUGAAGAGUUUAAGAGUUAUUCUAUGUUGUUGUUUUUCCAGAAUUUUUAUUUUCAUACAAGAGUUCUUUCAAGAAUUUGCUACUCAGAAUAAAUUCAAC